AUAUCACGUCUUCAAUUAAACCCCCAUCCUGAGGCUCCUGUUCUGGGCCUCCCUUUUGCUCAUACAUCCUCCCAUCACAUAUGCCGCCAUCAUCGUCCUGUGGCAGCGAAACCACACCACAGAAUACCAGUUUGUCGACCUUUGACCCCUGAAUCAUCUUCGGACCAGUCCGCCUUCCUCUCGGCCGUCCGAUCAGAUCACCCGCCAGCCGCCGCCUGCCUCAUGGCGUAAUCCAUGGCAGACCGAAGCUCCACAGGCCAUCCGCGCUCCAGAUCGGCUGUCGAUAACGAUCACCCAGUGCGCCUGCCUCCGACUGCAUCCUCUUCAGCGACUGAACCGGCCUCGGCCACGCCUUCUUCUUCGACAUUCACUUCUCCUGCCUCGCAUACAUCGUAUUCGACAAGAAUCACCCGCGCGGCAGCCCGCCAAGCAGCCAGCCAGGCAGCGUCAUCAAGUUCCUCGACAGCUGCACCUGCCACGUCCACUCCCAUUCCGCCGCCGACAAAGAAGCGUAAGAACCCUGCAGUGUCAGGCUCUCCGCGGGCAUCUCCGGAGCAGCCGUCUACAACUCGCCGAUCUAAGCGACAGAGGGUGACGCAGCCUCCUCCUCCUCCGCCUCCUCCACCCCCAACUUCACAACCACCGGCACCAUCUGCCAUAACUCGCCGAAGGAAGGGCAAGGCUCCCGCGACUAUGUCAAGCUCUGAACCCCUCGCAGGACCUGCUAAUCCACCGGAAAGUGUUCCUUCGGCAUCGUCGAGCCGGCGAUCAGGCCGACAGAAGAAGAAUGUGCAGAACGGCCAAGCAGAAGAGUCGGCUGCGAGAUCGAGUUCCGGUCGCCGAUCAAAGAUGUCCUACAACAAUACACAAGACCAGGAUACAGUCAUGACAGGAACCGACGAUCCUGAGAAAGACAUCGCCCCGCCGCCUCCACCUCCGCCCGGUGAACAUCCUGUCGACGAUGAUGACCUACUUGACGAGGAUGAGCAUCCGUAUGACGAUGAAGACGACGACCCUUUCGGAGGGUUUGGAGGACACGGCGGUUCAGGACAUCCCUUUGCCGGCGCUCUCCGGGCGCUAACAGGCAUGAUGUCAGGAACCUCGUCAAGGCUACGCGAGAUUCUCACCAACUUGCGCCAGAAAGAAGAGCCGUCCAUCCAGCUCAUCGCACUUCAGGAGCUAUCGGAACUUCUGCUGGUAUCUAACGAGGAUAACCUAUCGGGGCACUUUUCUCCCGACGCCUUUGUGAAGGAGCUGGUGAGCCUGAUGCAGCCUAACGAGCUCACGGGCGAGGAGAAUCCAGAGAUAAUGCUUUUGGCAUGCCGCUCUCUAGCUAAUCUAAUGGAGGCUCUACCUGCGAGCACAGCCAACGUCGUAUAUGGUGGAGCUGUCCCCGUGCUCUGUCAGAAGCUUCUAGAGAUAUCGUUCAUCGACCUUGCAGAGCAGGCACUGAGCACUCUUGAGAAGAUCUCGGUCGAGUAUCCCACCAGCAUCGUCCGUGAGGGUGGCCUCACUGCCUGCCUCUCAUACCUCGAGUUCUUCGCAACCAGCACGCAGAGAGUAGCCGUGACGACUGCUGCCAACUGCUGCCGCAACAUUCCCGACGACUCCUUCCCCGUGAUCCGGGAAGUUAUGCCUACUCUUCUGAAUGUUCUCGGCAGUAACGAUCAGAAGGUUGUCGAGCAAGCUUCGCUCUGCGUCUCGCGCAUCGUCGAGAGUUUCAAGUACCGCCCGACAAAGUUGGAGGAGCUUGUGAGCGUUGACCUACUGAAGGCGGUUCUGCGCCUGCUUCUCCCGGGAACAACCAACCUCAUAGGCCCCAACAUCCACACCCAGUUCAUUCGCGUCUUGGCCUUCACGGCUCGUGCCAGCCCUCGCCUGUCCGCCGAGCUCUUCAAGAUGAACGUGGUCGAGACACUUUACCAGAUCCUCACAGGGGUGUCUCCUCCAAGCGGGACAGAUGAUGUCGCCUCGAAGCUGGACAGCGUCCUGAUCAUGCAGGCCCUGAUCCACAGGCCACGCGAGCAGAUCCUCGAGACUCUCAACGUCAUCUGUGAACUUCUCCCCAGCCUCCCCAGAGCCGCUGAUCCUGUCUCUGGAGAGUCUUUGGUAGGGAUGGAGGCGAGUCCGCCAGCGGGACCGAUCACUCCGUCGUCGCUUGGGCCCGGGGCCCCUAAGAAGUCCUCGAACGAGAAGCGUGUUGAGCUGCUCGAAGGGUGUAAAGACGAGGUCCGGCACUUUGCCCUCAUCCUCUUUCCUACCCUAACAGACGCUUUCUCGAGUACCGUCAACCUCGGCGUUCGUCAAAAGGUGCUGACGGCGCAACUUAAAAUGCUCUCGAACCUGGACAAGGACAUACUUACGGAAGCACUCAAGACUGUCCCAUAUGCCUCGUUUCUCGCCUCUAUCCUGUCUCAGCAAGACCAUCCCUCCCUUGUUAUGCAUGCCUUGAACGCCACCGAGCUGUUGAUGAGCCGCCUAGAUAAUAUCUAUCGAUAUCAGCUCUACCGCGAAGGCGUCAUAACUGAAAUCACAAAGCUUGCUACUGAGGAGAUUGAAGCUGAGCCGAAGCCCACAUCAGAGGAACCCCAAGAAGACGGGGCGCAACAUCGGCCCACUGCUGAUUCAGAUGAUCAGUCGUCUGAGCACGAAGACUCGGAUGAUGAGGUUGAUGCUGAUGAUCAGUCUCACCAAUCUUCGGAUGACGAGAAUGAUGACGAAGAAGAGAACGAGAACGAGGAGGAGAACGAUGCCGAGAAUGAACCCCAUCCAGACGACCUCUCUGCCUCUCCGGUUAGUACCGAAGGCUCAACUAUGUCUAUCGACGGGCCCCCUAGACGUUACGUCGCGGCCGAAAGCCCUUCCAUGAAGGCGAUAAUCUCCGAUCUUGCCAAGAAAUUCCUGGAAAAGCAUGAAACGGAGAAGCAUGGUAAGGCCAUGAAGAAAAAGGCUACAAAGAUCUUGGCCGACUUGUCAACUCUUGCCUCUGAAAUCGAGUCGUUCUACCUCCAGCGCACCUCGGGCAAUCUAGCGCAGGACAGGGGCCUCAAUCUCUUCAAGCAGUUGGCAUCGUACUUUGACGCCGAUGUCCUGGAGAGCGUCACAAGUGCCGAGCUCCUGGCAUCGAGUGUCGUCCGAGUCCUUGAAGAAGUCUUCAACAAUCCGGAUGAAGGGCUUGCAACGGCGGCGCAAUCUGCCUUCCUACAAGUAUUUAUGGGAUACUCUGUGCAGUCGAGGCCCAAGACUGCGACUGCCGAUUCGCCAGCCACCCCUUUCAGCAUACUGGUUCACAAGUUACAAGAUCUUUUGGGCCGAUCUGAGCAUUUUGAGGUCAUGACUGUUCACCAGAACGCCUUUGACGGCAAUCGGAGCAGUGCGGCGUCGAUGUUGGCGAAACAGAUACGUCUGAAGCUGAUAGCCGAUGACGACUCGGAUAUUCCCAAACCGUACCGGAACAUCAUGGUCUCGAUCCACGCCAUCACGACUUUCAAGUCGCUCGACGACUACCUGAGGCCCCGUAUCAGCUUAUCCGAGCGGCCCCGUGGCUCUAGGAGGGCCGAUGCCGUGUCGCGGGCCCUUGCCGCCAUGGCUGGGACUGCCGGGCUUCCGCUGAGUGCCGCUGCGGCCCGUAUGGCUGAGAGACCCUUCCCGCCUGCCAGCAAUUCGACUCCAGGGCCCCCGCCUCCAGCCCCACCCCAAGCCUCGGGCUCGAGCUCGUCACGUAAAUCAAAAUCCAGGUCCUAUCCUGUGUCCGACGCUCCCUCGACCCCGGAGCCGUCCUCGGCCCGACAAAAGGCGGGGGGGCUGCGAAGAUCGAGUCGUCGACAGCAGGCUUCUGAGGGAGCAGCUCCGCCCAUGCCUCCACCGGAGGAUGGGGUUUUGGAGAAUGCACUGGAGUGUGCGGAUGAGAAAGAGAUGUCCGACGAAGACGACGACGAAGACAUGGGUGAUACCGAAGAAGGUGCCCUCAGUAUGGUCCGAGAUCUUGACGAGGGCAUGGACGACGCCCCAACCCCGGAUCCUUCGGCGGUCAACCUCGAGGUUGCCGCAGGUGGUAGGAUAACCGCGCGCAAAGAGGACGGCACCCGCGUCCCCACACCGUCGCAGGGUCGUUCCGCGGCUGCUUUGCCUAGUCGAAGCAGUGCUCUCGCGGCUGCGCUGCAAAGCACGCCUUCACCUUCGACGUCGUCCCGGCCGAUGUCUUACGCCGCGGCCAUGCGAGCCGUUCCUCAGGACUGGCACAUUGAGUUUAGCAUCAACGGGAAACCCGUUCCAAAUGAGACGACCAUCUACCGCGCGGUCCACAAGUCCCAUCUAUCCUCUGAUGAACAUUUGCGAGCCAAUAUCUGGACCGGGACGCACCCAAUAAAGUUCAGGCGUGUGCCUGGUCCGCCGCCGGCCGAGUCCAUCGCCUUCAACACCUCCCUCGAUGGGGCAGCGGAAACGGAGGAGGGCGACACUCCUGGGUCGCUCGCAAAGCAUCCCACCACGGCAUCCAUCCUGAGGCUGCUCAGGAUGUUGCAUGAUCUGAAUGCGAACAUCGAUGACGUGCUCGUAGAGAAUAAGGAGACAUUGAAGCUCAAUGCCGAGCCCUUGUCCCAGUUUGUGAACACGAAGCUCACCGCCAAGCUGAACCGUCAGCUCGAAGAGCCUCUGAUCGUGGCGAGCAAUUGCCUCCCGAGCUGGAGCGAGGAUCUCGCUAGGCUCUACCCGUUCCUCUUCCCAUUCGAGACGCGUCAUCUGUUCCUCCAGUCCACCUCGUUCGGCUACGCGAGGUCGAUGACUAGGUGGCAGAAUGCGCAGUCUCAGGACGAGUCUCGGCGCGACCGUCGUGAUGAGAGGCCGUUCCUCGGGCGUCUCCAGCGACAGAAGGUCCGCAUCUCGCGGUCUAAGAUACUUGAAUCGGCCGUAAAGGUUAUGGAGCUGUAUGGCGCCUCCCAGAGCAUUCUCGAGGUCGAGUAUUUCGAGGAGGUCGGCACUGGUCUUGGGCCCACCCUGGAGUUCUAUUCGACCGUGUCGAAGGAGUUUUCCAAGAAGAAGCUGAAACUUUGGCGAGACACGGACCCGAACCACGGGGACGAGUUUGUCUCUGGACCGAAUGGACUGUUUCCGCGACCUCUGAGCGAGGAGCAAUCUGCUUCUGAAGAUGGCGAGAAGAUCCUCCAGCUCUUCAAGAUGCUGGGCAAGUUCGUCGCAAGGUCGAUGAUCGAUUCCCGCAUCAUCGACAUCAACUUCAACCCUAUCUUCUUCCGUAUCGGAGACGGGACAUCUGGUGUUCGGCCAUCUCUCGGGGCGGUCAAGGCGGUCGAUCUGGGACUCGGCAGGUCCUUGAUGACGAUCAAGAAGUUUGCUAUGGCUAAGAAAGAGAUCUGCGAGGACCCCUCGCGCAUGCCGGCCCAGAAGGUUGCGGACACGGAGAAUAUCGUCAUCGGCAACACGCGGAUCGAUGAUCUCUACUUGGACUUCACCCUACCCGGCUUUCCCGAAAUCGAGCUCGUCCCGAAUGGUUCCCAGCAGAGGCUUACCAUUGACAACGUCGAUCUUUACCUAGAGAAGGUUAUUGACAUGACCUUGGGCAGCGGCGUUCGUCAACAGGUAGACGCUUUCCGGGCGGGUUUCUCACAGGUGUUCCCGUACCCGGCCCUGAGUGCUUUCACCCCUGACGAGCUGUGUACCCUCUUCGGGAGGAUUGAGGAGGACUGGAGCCUUGAGACUUUGAUGGACUCGGUCAAGGCCGACCACGGCUUCAACAUGGACAGCAAGAGCGUGAAGAACCUUCUUCAGACAAUGAGCGAACUCACACCUACCCAGCGUCGCGAUUUCCUUCAGUUUACUACUGGAAGUCCCAAACUCCCUAUUGGCGGCUUCAAGAGCUUGACCCCGAUGUUCACAGUCGUAUGCAAACCGAGCGAGGCGCCUUACAGCUCGGACGAUUAUCUGCCGAGUGUGAUGACGUGCGUCAACUACCUCAAGCUGCCCGACUACAGCGACCUCAAGACGAUGCAGAAGCAACUCUUCACCGCCAUCAAGGAAGGCCAAGGGGCCUUCCACUUGUCGUAAAAAGCACGGCAUAUCGGAAAAGCUUAAAUUCAUGUACCUAACAGAGAAUUUGGGGCCUACUUCUUUUCCUGCACUUUGCCCCGGGGUCUGAUUCAACCUGGGAAGGCCGUCAUAAUGAAAUCAUGAUCGGGUUGGCAUGGGACGGCGGCCGGAAGGACAACUUUUGAAAUUCGCGCGAAAACAGAAAACGGAAAAUGGGAAGCAUCAGUAAGGGGUUUUCUUCAAUCAACUCAGUUUGCUUGCGUGCAUUGAUGGGGAUUGCAAAACAACGACUCGGGUCGAUGGCCUCGAGCAUCGGGGCGGAACCGGGGGAAAAAGCAAGACGCACAAAAUUAUGAAGGUGGGUUAUUGAAAGACGCAUUUCGCCCAUGGUAGUAGUAAUCAAGAGGUACUUCAGAUAAUCAGAUAGAUUGGCAAUACCUUCCGU